AUGAACAGCUGGGAGAAGGUGUCGUACUUGGAGCAGUGGGUGCAGCGGCGUUUUGCUGCUGCACUCAGCAGCAGCAGCAGCAGCAGCAGCAGCAGCAGCAGCAGCAGCAGCUGGCCGUGUCCAGUGCUGCCGGGCAGCAGCAGCAAAGGCUUCGCUCUGGUCUACUUGGGGGCCCCCCUGGACAGCAGCAAAACUCUUGCUGCAAAUGGACUGCAGCAGCAAAGUCGCAUUUACAUUUACUUUGCUGCUGAUGCUCCGCCGCUGCCUCCGGAAAACAAAACAAAUGAAGAAGCAGCAGAAGCAUAA